CACACGUUCUAGUUAAGACUUGAGCCAACCAUCACUACCCUUUUCUCAGAUCAUUUCCUCUCAUCAAUAUUCAGGUCGGAAACAAUGGCUGCAGUUACAACACAAGCUUCCAUUGCAGUUUUCCGGCCAUGCGCCUCGAAAACCAGGUUCCUUACUGGAUCAUCUGGCAAGUUGAACAGGGAAGUUUCCAUUAGACCAUCAACCUCUUCAUCCACCACUUCAUUCAAAGUUGAAGCCAAGAAAGGCGAAUGGCUACCGGGCUUGGCCUCUCCUCCCUAUCUUGAUGGCAGGCUUCCCGGUGACAAUGGCUUUGAUCCACUGGGGCUAGCCGAGGACCCCGAAAACUUGAGAUGGAUGAUCCAGGCUGAGCUUGUCAACAGUCGAUGGGCUAUGCUGGGAGUUGUUGGAAUGAUAUUACCCGAAGUGCUCACUAAGAUUGGAAUCAUUAAUGCUCCUAACUGGUACGAUGCUGGGAAAGCUGAAUACUUUGCAUCAUCAUCGACGCUUUUCGUGAUCGAGUUCAUCCUGUUCCACUACGUCGAGAUCAGGAGAUGGCAAGACAUCAAGAACCCAGGAUGUGUUAACCAAGAUCCUAUCUUCAAGAGCUACAGUUUGCCCCCUCAUGAGUGUGGCUACCCAGGUAGUAUUUUCAACCCUCUGAACCUUGCCCCUACCGAGGAGGCCAAAGAAAAGGAGUUAGCCAAUGGGAGAUUGGCCAUGUUGGCUUUCUUAGGAUUCAUCAUCCAGUACAAUGUCACUGGAGAAGGACCGUUCGACAACCUGUUGAAGCACCUUUCAGACCCAUGGCACAACACAAUCGUCCAAACAUUUGCGGGUAAAUAAACGAGUAUGAUGGAGCUUGUAACAAAUGAGUGAAUGGUUUUGAUUGGAGAUGGAACAAAUUUUAGAUCUUUGAUGUACAGUGAAACUAAGAUGGCAAUUACUACCAUUCAUAUUUUGUCAGCUACAUCAAUCAACAGAACAGAAUUUACACCGAGUAUGCGAUGGGGACGAAGCGUUGUAGUU